GGAUUCAUGAACAAAUCAGAGACAGGAACUGUGACACAAUUUGUCCUCCUUGGAUUCCCAGGCUGUCAAGAGAUGCAAAGAUUUCUCUUUUCAUUGUUCUUUGGCGUCUAUAUUUUCACCACAAUGGGGAACGGGGCCAUUGUCUGUGCUGUGAUGUUGGACAAACGGCUCCAUACCCCAAUGUAUGUUCUCCUGGGGAACUUUGCUUUCCUUGAAAUCUGGUAUGUCACCUCUACCGUACCCAGAAUGCUAGUCAAUUUCCUCUCAGAAGCAAAAACCAUCUCUUUUGUUGGCUGUUUCCUCCAGUUCUAUUUUUUCACUUCCCUGGGUACAACUGAGACGUAUUUCCUCUGCAUAAUGGCGUAUGACAGGUACCUCGCCAUCUGCCAACCAUUGCAUUACCCAGUCAUCAUGACUCCCCGACUCUGCUGUAUCUUAAUGUCUACUUGCUGGGUGUUUGGGUUUCUUAGUUACUUGGGCUCUACUGUGCAACUCUCUCAGUUGCCUUUUUGUGGACCCAACAUCAUCGAUCACUUUUUGUGUGACUUGGACCCCCUGAUGGCUCUGUCUUGUGCCCCAGCUCCCGCUACUGAGAUGGUCUUCUAUACCCUGAGCUCCCUCAUUAUCAUUCUCACUCUUCUGUACAUCCUUGGCUCCUAUUCCCUUUUACUGAGAGCUGUGCUAAAAGUUCCAUCAGCAGCUGGCCGGCAGAAGGCUUUUUCAACCUGCGGAUCACAUCUGACAGUGGUCUGUUUGUUCUUUGGGGCCCUCUUGGUGAUGUAUGUGAGCCCCACAGCUGAAAACCCAGCUGAAAUUCAGAAGAUUACGACUUUGUUCUAUUCUGUGGUGACUCCCUUCUUAAACCCCCUGAUUUACAGCUUACGAAACAAGGACAUGAAGGCUGCACUGAAGAAAGUUCUGCGGAUAGAAUGA